CCCUCCCCUCCCUCCAUUUGUUUCUUCCUCCCCAUCAAAAACCACCCAACCCUUCUCCAUCCUCCCUCUCUCUUUCUGCUCUCAGCAGCCACUUUGUGUCUUCCACAAGCCUCAUCAUCAAAACCAUCAAGUUCCCACUUCUAGCUUUCAGAAAUGGGCUCCCCCACAUUCUUCAAUAAACACUUCAUGAGUGAUAUUGAUCACGACGAUUACAACAACAACACGAGCUCCACCCCGGAAAACAGCUCCGGCUCCCCUCCUCCUCCUCCUCCUCCCGCCUUCAACGACGUCGUCUACUCCAAGAUCGCUUCGUCUCCCAAGAAAAGUAGCCGGCGGGCUGUACAGAAGAGAGUGGUGUCAGUCCCUAUCAAGGAAAACAGUAACACAAACACUCCCCCGCCGUCGGAUUCAUGGGCCUGGAGAAAGUACGGCCAGAAACCCAUCAAGGGCUCACCUUACCCCAGAGGGUAUUACAGGUGCAGUAGCUCAAAGGGGUGUCCAGCGAGGAAGCAGGUGGAGAGAAGCCGCGUGGACCCCACCACGCUGGUGAUCACCUACUCGUCAGAGCACAACCACCCCUGGCCGGCUUCUAGAAGCCACCACGGCACGAAACCCGGGAUCAAAGCCGAGACCCGGGAGGAGGAGACGGCGGCCGGCCAGCCGGAACCCGACCCGGAGGAGAGGCGGUUCGCGGCGGAUCUGGGCGGCGACGAGGAGUCGUCGCUGGUGAUCAUCCCGAGCGUCGUGGACGAGUUCGGGUGGUUCGCGGACAUGGAAACGACGUCGUCGCGGGUGCUGGAGAGCCCCAUUUUCGCUGAGAGCGGCGGUGGGGCCGACACGGAUGACGUGGCGGGGAUGGUGUUCCCGAUGGGCGAAGAGGACGAGUCGCUAUUCGCCGAUCUGGGCGAGUUGCCCGAGUGCUCGCUUGUGUUUCGGCACCGCCGUGUGGGAGGAGGAGGUGUGGGACCACAAGCUCAGAUCUGUUGACACGUGCCUCUCCCCUCAUUUUUUUUUUUACUUUUAAUUUUUUUUUACUUUUUUACACACCUCUCUCCCUCUCUCUCUCUCUCCGUAAAUACAAAAAGAGUUUUGUGUCAUUCAACGAAUUAGGGGUUGUGGGGUUGCAAAAGGGUAUCGUACACCAUAAGUUUUUCUUUUCAACAUUUUUUUUUUUUUUUUUCAUUUUCGAAUUUUUAGUAAUAAAAUAUUUUCAUUUGUAUUUUUC